CUCAGUGGAUAAAGCAUGUUAACCAUUCCUGUAAAUCCAAACUCCCUGUGUGACUUUGAAGUCGAUUAUGAGUCAGAGAAGAAAGCUUCAAUUGUGUACAAGGCUUUAGUAGUCGAUAAAGAGUUGCAGCCAGACAAGGUGAAAAGGGAGAUGACAGUUUCUGAUGGAAAACUUUCUAUACACCUUGAGGCAGUGGAAGCAAGAUUUCUGCGUGCAUCAUUCAGUGCUUUUGUAGACGUGCUUACUCUUGCCACAAAAACAAUCGAAGAUUUCGGACGAGGAGUGGAUUUCUGAUAGCCUUACAUGCCCCUGGCCCUCAUAUAUCAACUGUCACUUUAUGCUUAAAAUAGCUAUCAUUUUAAUUUACUACCUAUCUGUAAUUUUACCACAAUAUGAUUUGUAGUGGUUUGAUCGAGUGUGAAGGUACUCAUUCCAACAUUGAGAUCUAACGAGAUAACACUUUCACCCA